UUUUCAAAUUGCGGCGAAAUUUUGCUGUGCUGUGUAUUAUUUCCUUGCCAGUGCUUGUGUUGAGAGGAGUUUUAAGAGAGAAACACAUCGGUUAGACUGAUAUGGUGUAGUAUACAAUAUCAACAGUGUUCUGGUAUGGGAGUGCAAGGCCUGUGGCAGUUACUACAGACUGCAGGGAGACCUGUGACACUAGAGUCUCUGGAGGGACAGGUCCUAGCAGUGGAUGUGAGUAUUUGGUUAAACCAGAGUGUGAAGGGGAUGAGGGACAAACAUGGCAGUCCUCUCCCUAACGCCCACCUCAUCACGCUCUUCAACAGGAUCUGUAAGCUGCUCUACUACAGGAUAAAGCCUGUCUUUGUGUUUGAUGGGGGUGUGCCUGCCCUGAAGAAGCAAACCCUGGCUGCCAGGAGACAAAGAAAAGAACAGGCAGAAAAAGAAACUGGGAAAACAUCACAAAAAAUCCUCACAAAUUUCCUGAAGAGACAAGCAGUUCAGGCAGCUAUAGGGAAGGGAGGAGAGAAAGCCACUGUGCCAGAAAUCCCUGCUAAGCCUUCCACUUCAAAAGAAGCUGACAUGUACCAAUUGCCACCUUUACCUGAACAAGACAGUUCAGAAGCAGUAGAAGAAGAAGAACCUGAUCCAUGGGAAGAAAGGAUGCUUCAGAGGGACAUAAUAAUGAGUGAAUAUCAAGACUUUGGUAAUGUUGACAUUGACAGUGAGGAGUUCAGAAGUUUUCCUCCUGAAGUCCAACACGAGAUACUGACAGAGAUUAAAGAGACUAAGAAAAGAGUGGGUUGGUCACAGUUUGAUGAAUUACCACAGGACUCUGAUCAGUUCUCUGGCUUCCAAAUCGCUAAAAUUGUCCGUCAGAACAAGCUGUCACAACGCAUCGAAGAUGUCCGCAAAGAAAUGAACCAUCAGGCACUGGGCAGUAUGGGUCCCAGCCUGACCCAAGGUCACCCUGUGACCCAAAUCACCUCACAUCGCAUUGUAUCCGAGGACACGUCUCAUGCCAUUCUCAUUAAAGGAUUAUCAAAUCAGAAACCAUCUGCUGAGACUGCUGGGACUUCUUCUUCCAAUAUGGCGGAUGUUUACAGUGUCGAUGACUUUGGUACUCUAUCAGAUGAGUCCGAUUUCGAGGAAGAACCUUUAAUGCUCCAGCUGAAAAAGAAAACUGAAAUUUUGGGCAAAACUGAGCAGAAAGUUUCACUGAUUGAUUUAACAAAGAAAGUAGAAACCAAAGAGGAGUGCAUUGUGAUUGAUGAUGAGGGAGACAUGCCAAUUCCUUAUAAUACUGGCUCAGGGAGAAGGACUGCAGAAAAAAACUCUACAGUGGAAGCAAUUCAGUCCUCUGCUUUGGUGGAUCUCACAUCAAGCACUUCUCUUUCAGACAGCACACUUUCCAAUAAAAACACCAGGAAUAAUGAUCUUUUUCUGGACCAAAGUGAAGCAAAUGAAACAGAAUCUAUCAGCAUAAAUGAACCAGUAAAACAAAGUAACAAUAUGACAGUAGAUAAUAACCUAUCAGAAAAACAUGUGAAAGUUAAAGAUGGAAAAGAACAAUCUGAAAGGGAGAUCAUUGGGCCAGUUCACAAAACCAGAAACGACUCUGUUGAGUCAGACUGUGUUGAUUUAACUGUGAACAAUAGUAAUGCUGAUGAAAAUGGUGGUAAUAGAAUUUUGGAGAAACAUCAUGAGGUGUCUACACGUGUGAAAUCUACUUGUGAUUCUGAGAAAAGAGUUACUGUUACAGCACAGGGAGAAGCAGUUUUUAGGACUGAAGAGGGAGGGUUUAUUUUGGUUGAUGAAGAAAAGGAAGACAAGAAAAGUAAAGGUGCUCAUUUCCAAGAUACCAUAGUUCAGUCACAGACUGUAUUCCCUGAUCAAUUAGUUAAUGAAUAUGACAACAAAGGUGAAGCCUCAAAGACCUUGGCUCAUAAUUCAGAACUCAAUCAAAAGGUCCAGUUUAAGGAUCAGCCUGUCUUGGAUAACACCCCUGGUGCCAGUUUCACUGGUCCCAGUACUGGGACAAGGACUGUGCCAAAUUCAACAAUAAAUGCCACAGAGUCUGGAAAAUCAAUAAAUGGCGUCUCCUCUGAAGUGAUUACAGAAGCCUCUGAAGAUAAUGACACCUCUGCUGAUGCCAAAUUUAAAACUGAAAAGAAAAGAAAACAUGAUAAUGGCGAUGGUGAUGCUCCCAUUUCAAGCAUGCCAGAAAAGAAGAUGAAAGUUGAAAGCUGUCUGUCAGAUGACAAGAUAGAUACAAUAGCAAUAACAAUUGACCCCAGUGCAGCGCCCCCUGGUGAGGAUGACCUGUUUCCUGCGAGUAUAUUUACAGCAGUAAAGACACCAGCACCAACAUUUCAAUCAACUGAAAGGGAAGUAGAAGACUGGAAAAUAAGGGAAGAGCACUUAGAUAGGGUGAAUGCAAAUCGGGCCUCUCAAUUUUCGCAGGCUGAGUUGGAAGAUUUGGACCAAGAGCUUAUAUUUGAAGAGAGAAAUCUGAGGAAGACCAAAGGACAGCAGGAGAGACUGGCAGCCACAGUGACAGAGAAGAUGCAGGCAGAGGCACAGGAACUCCUUCAGCUAUUCGGGAUCCCCUAUGUAGUAAGCCCCAUGGAGGCCGAAGCCCAGUGCGCCCAGCUUGACCAGCUAAACUUGACCAGCGGGUCCAUCACGGACGACAGUGACAUCUGGCUGUUUGGUGGACGCAGUGUCUACAAGAACUUCUUCAACCAGAACAAGCAUGUUGAGAGAUAUAAGAUUGAGGAUAUAGAAAAACAUGUUGGUCUGGAUCGUAGGCGGUGUAUCUGUGUGGCGCUGGUAUGUGGCAGUGAUUACACCGAAGGCCUACAGGGGGCAGGACCUGUCACUGCCAUGGAGAUCCUGAGUGAAUUUCCUGGAGAAGAUGUGGAUGCUUUGGUUGCCUUCAGGGAGUGGUGGCAGGCGGUACAAAAUCGGCCAAAACCUUCAGCUGGUGAAAGUAAGACAAAAAGCAAGCUAAAGAAACUGCAAAUUAGAGCAGGUUUCCCCAGUUCCACCGUGAUCGAGGCUUACCUUCAGCCCACAGUAGAGGAUUCCAGAGAACGCUUCAGUUGGGGACGACCUGACCUUGACCUACUUAGAGAAUUUGGGUCCGAGAGGUGUGGCUGGACCAGAAAGAAGGUGGAUGAAAUGCUGCUCCCUGUGAUGAAACAAUUAAAUAACACCACUAGCCAAAACAGGCUGGAUAAAUACUUCACUGUGGAUUUGUCUGAGAAGAGGACUGUAAAGAGCAAAAGAUUAGCCAGGGCCAUUGACUUGUUUCACAACCCCUCACAAGCAGACAAGGAAGAUAAAUCAGGCAAAAGCAAUGGAAAGACCAAAGGCAAGAAGAAAAUGAAGAAUGAAAGUAGGUCAAGGUCUGAGAAAGGUCAAAGAACUUCUACAGGUCAGAGUUCUAAAUCUAAGGGAGUGAAAGAAUCCCCAGAACAUGAACUUAAUUUUUCAGAGCCGAGUUCGGAAGAGGAUGAGGAGGACAAAGCAAAAUUGACCGCAAAAAACAGAAAAAUUGACAACAAACAAAUUCAAGCCAAGGAAAAGGGACAGAAUGUGCAAUCUACAAGCAGUGUCAAAGGUAGCAGUAGUAGUAGUACUGUAUUACCUCAGAAAAAGUCCAAAGGUAAAAGUGACAGUAUGACGAAAAGUAAGAAAACAUCCAAUAAAUCCUGCAAAAAGCAGACAAACAAAAGUCUUGUUCCAUCACUGGAAAGGAGAACCGGCCCUUCUAGAACCUCUAAAGCUAAGGCCACUGGAAGGAUUGAAUCUCUGCAGUUGUCAGAGUCUGAUAGUUCUCAAUCAGAUUGAUUUUUUACCCUCAGUAAAUUUGAAUUUUGUUGUUACAGAUUAAGGUAAAUGAUUUUUCCCAAUGGAAAUUCUUUAUGGGAAUCAAUAAAGCAAUAAAACAUGACAAAUAAUAGUUAUUAUGAUAAAAUAUGUAAAAGACAAAUGGGUUUGUAAGUGAUUUAUAGCAUGAGCUUCAGUAUAUUAUGUUUUGUAUUUUUCUGAUAGCUGGGAAAUUAACUGUGGCCAGUACUGUAUAUGACAUAUUUGAGUAAGUGUUGUUGCAUGAAUUUCGGUCCAUGAUGUAGUGUAUGAUAUACCUUGCAUUUUUCCUUGUAAUGACAGUAAUGUGUUUUUGAAUCAUUAAUAUUUUUCAACUGUCAAUCAUUAUGUAGAGGAUAGCUUGUGUGGCAGCCGGGUCCGACAAGACAAUAUUGUAAAAUUAUUUAUUUAAAAAGAUUGCUUCAAAAUCGAAUUGAAAUUUAUUUAUUAAGACAAGUUGGUAUAUUUUACAAACUUUGUGAUUUGAACUGGUGGUCUUUCUCAUAUUUUUAUUAUUCCAUAUGCUAUAUUGUAUCCCUUUAUGUUGAAAGAAUAUUUACAACUGUUGCAUAAAUUAUUUUGAAAUUUACAUA